AUGCUCGAGGCCGUCGAGAGGCAGCACAACAUCAUCUUACAGGAGAUCGUUAUCAAGCUGGAGGACAGCAGCCCGCCGACAAAGACACAUCUGUCGCUUCCGGGCCAACCAGCACCUCCUCACAGCCAAAGCGGUGACCAUGUUCCGACUGUGAGGCACGACAGCGAGGAGAGCAUCGCCAGGAGCCUAUCCGGAACAAACUACCGGCCGCAGAUCUCCCAAAACUCCGAUCGAGCUUUCAAGGGCACAUCGUCCACCAAAAACUCUGCGUUCAUUGCGGCCAUACGCAAGCGUGGUCGGGCCAGCGACCGCUUGUCCGGGGCCCUGACUCGGCCCAUUUGGCACCCAGGACGCCUCGUGAACAGCACGCAUUUCGACAUCUUCUUCUGCGUCAUCAUUUUGCUCAACACGGUGGUGAUGGGUCUCGAGUUGCAGUACGCUGGCUUGCAGAGAGGCUACGAGCUCGGCUACCCCAACUUCACCUUGCCUGCAAGUGAGUUGUGGCCGCAUGCUGAAGAUGUCUUCACGGCUCUCGACUGGGCCUUCGGCAUUGUCUACGUGAUUGAGAUUGGGGUUCGAAUUGCUGGAACUAGGUGGGCGUUUUUCCGGGAUGCCAACAACUGGUUUGACACCUCGUUGGUGCUUCUGUGGUUGGGGGAGCUCUCCUGGAGUCAGCAUCUGCCCGUGGAUUCCGGCAUGCUGCGAACGCUGCGCCUGGCAAGGAUUCUUCGCCUGGUUAGACUCAUGCGAACGAUGCAGGGCUUUGAUGCCCUGUACAUCAUGACAACUGCCAUGUACGGGAGCCUGGUUGUGCUCUUUUGGUCAUUCAUGCUACUUCUGCUCGUGCAGACGACGAUCGCAUUUUGCCUGACCCAGAUUUUGGGAGGCUUCUUUCAUGAUGCUGAUGUGUCUGUCUCGCAGAAGAUCGAGGUUUUUCAGUAUUUCGGGACAGCGUCCCGAUCAAUGUUUACCAUGUUCGAGCUUACACUGGCGAACUGGAGCAUUGUUGGACGAAGUCUGCAAGAGAACGUGUCUGAGUACUUUGCAAUCUUCAACGUUGCCUACAAGCUGGUCGUGGGAUUUGCUGCGGUGGGAAUCAUCAAUGCGGUUUUCAUGCAGGAAACAUUCAAAGUGGCCUCAUCGGACGACAACGUGAUGAUGCGGCAGAAGGAGCGGGAUUUGCGAAUGCACACAAAGAAGAUGAAGACUUUGUUCGAGGCUGCUGACGAGUCUGGUGAUGGCGUCGUCGACAUUGACGAGUUCAGGAAAAUUUUUGAGCUGCCGGAGAUCAGGACUUGGUUGUCCGCGCAAGAGUUACCAGUCGGAAAUCCCGAUCUUCUCUUUACGCUGCUCGAUGACGGGGAUGGUGGGCUCACAGCCGGAGGUAUCGGAAAGGUGAUCUGCCCGGACAUGUCUCGCUCUGAAUUCAUGCCAACCUGCGGCACCCAUCCUGACAAUCAGUGCCUGAAAAGCCAUGCUGCGCAGCCACACUAUGCCUACACCGGCAUGAAGAAGUGGUGCGCGGUGCCCCUGCUUCUUGCCAUUAGUAGUGCCGAGCUCUGCUUACCUGAUGCCAUCCCCGAAGGGGAGCGUCAGAGCGUGCUUGACCCCGCGGGCAGGGAGAUCCCGAUCAAGUUUAUAGUUUUCAACUGGCAUGCAGCGGAGCUCAUUUCUGCUAUCGCCAAAAUCCUGGUGGAGGAGGCUCUUGGAUACCGUGCGGUCUUCGACCAGCAUAGGCCAUCGACGGUCAUGGAAGUCGCAUUGAAAUUGUCCGGAUGCUUGGAUAGCACCUGCAACGACAUGCAGAUCAGCGACAGCCACGUGGCUCUUGACUGCUGGCUGGGGUCCGCGGGAACCGAUUCCUUGACCUUCAUGCAGCAGCAUCCCGGAAAGGAUCUUGGUUCCAUUGGCUACGAAGGGGAGGAAGCGCUGGUCGUUGCAGGGAAGCUCGUUGAGGAAGCCUACGAGGAUUCCGGCUUCGCCUUGGACUUCUACAGGACCUACAACCAGUCCCACUACAAUGCUAAGAAGCACUUUGCCGGAACAGCCGACCUCCCGAUCCAGGACUUCUUCCGAUGUGACAAUCCAGCAACCAUCUUUACCGACGCGCCUUACAUGAACGAUUACGCACGCUGGUCAGGUGAUACGGCUGGGCUGCUGGCGGUGGAAGGAGGCUAUCACGCUUACUGUCCAGACAGCUACUUCUGGAUAGCCCCGGCUUGCCGCCACAACACCUCGCAGUGCAUUCCUAUCGUGGCCGCUGAGUGGGGGUGGAUGGUGGAUGGUUUCAUGGCAUGGUCCACAGCUUAUGGAAUACCGACGGCCAUAGGCCUGACACGCACGAUCCCAUUGUGGCCCAAGAACUUUGGCAACUUUCGCGUGCUGGGCUACUGGUAUCGGCCGGAUGCAGGGCUGGUGGCCUAUGACCCAAGGCCCCUCAUCUUCCCACGGCACUCGUCUAGCGAGUGGGCCGAAGGGAACAAGAGGACAGCAGGCAUCGGCACCUACAUCGGCAAGCUUGCAAACCGCCAGCUGCGCACCCAAGCAGCAAAGGUGCAUGGCUUGCUGUCAAACCUGAAGCUCGAGCUGGUAGCCAUGGAACGCCUCCUCUUUCAAGCAGAAGUGGACGGACAAAGCUCAUCGCAGGCGCUGAAGAACGUUGCUUGCCAGUGGGUGCUCGCCAAUCGAGAGACGUUCUGCAUGGACUGCGCAGCAGGCAAGUUCUCAGAGCGAAGGGUGCACGUUCGGAACCUUCUCAAACUCCUCCGGGGCGACGAGCUGUCUGCCUUGUGGAACCGGAAGCGCUUGGACGACGAGUGGCUCGAAGUCGAUGGCGCUGACAAUGAGAGCUUCUGCCACUGCCGGCCGAACUUCUUUCUCGACGCAAGUGCUGGCCAGUGUGAAGGGGACAGCCAGCUCCUGCUGCAUCCUGGCUACUUCUCUGCGGCCACCGACCCUGACUUCAGGUCUUUUUCCCUGGUCUAUCUCAGGUGCUACGGUAAAGCUGGGGCUGCUGGACGCUCCAUGGCAAGGACCGUUGCUCGUGCAACCCGGGCCCCCACCAAGGACUUGCUGCCCCUCAAGGCCCUCACAAAGGCUUGCGGUAACCUCCAGAAGCAUGGGAGGCGAGAGUCGUAUCGGGACGCUGGCCCAGUCGAGGGGCAGGCAGGUGCUACGGCAACCCAGAGCGCUGCCCAGGUGGGCUUCCAGGAACCUGCGCCACAGGUGGCCUGCGCACAAUGUCUGCCUGGUUUGCACUCCACGGGCUCGGAGUGCGUGCCCUGCAGCGAGGGGGACUACAUGCUCCUCUUCCUCCUUGCUGUGAUCUUCCUCACGACUUCGGGACUCCUCCAUCUCUUCUUGGUACGCUUGGACUCGAACCGUCGCGGCCAGCAUGGCAACCUGCUCAUGGCGGGCCUGUAUGCUACACAGCUCAUCAACAGCUUACAGCUGCUGGUCGUUUUGAGGAAGAUCGACAUCGUCUGGGGAUAUCCUUUUGACAUGAUUCUCGAAGCGUUCAGCUUCCUUUCCUUGGAGCACAUUCUCUUCUCGCUGAAUGCAGUGACCUGUGUGACACCCCCAGCUCCAGGCCUGCAGUUCUUGCUUCAGACAAUUGGCCUCCCGGGCUACGUGAUGAUGGGCCCCGUUCUGGUUCACUUGGCUCUGGUGCUAAUGCACCCUCGGUCGAAGCGGCCGCACUUCAACGUUUUCGCUCAGACGCUUGGAUCUCUGAGCGUGCUCUUCUUCAUCGUGCUCUGUACGUCUGUGGUGACACCCUUCGAGUGCCAGUCUCACCCCAAUGGCCUCUUUACGAUGCAGUCGCGCAUCGGUGCGCUCUGCUACACUAAUUCGCACUUCCAACUUUGUGCCCUCGGUGCUUCCUUAGCCCUGCUUCCUGCGGGCUUCCUGGCACUGUGUACUUGGCUGAUUUUGGUGGAGUACCCAAGGCGCUUGCAACGCACGGACGUGCGCUUUGUCCGGAUGUGCUCCUUCCUUGCAAUGCGCUUUCGGCCCGGGGCCGAAGCCUUUGCUGUCUUUGUGCUUAUCCGGAAUGCGCUCUUUGCUCUCGCACCUGUGCUCCCCUCCGUGAACGCCGGCCUGUUGCUCAUCCUCGUCCUCUUGAAUAGUAGCAUCUUGGCACUCGCGUUCUUCAAACCAUGGCGCUCCCGACUUGCGUGCUACACUGACAUCUUGGUCUCCAGUGUGUUUGUCGCCAUCCUCUUCCAGGGUAGCUUCUUCGUGAAAGCCGUGGACGGCGCGGCGGCCAUGAUCUUGUGCUGCUUUCUGCUGGUCCUCGUCAUUGUCUGCCUGGCUGGCAUUGGGGCACUGUCCUUGCUGCAACACUUUUGCGGGAGCGGGGCCAGCUUUGGGUUCUUCAUCUGCCAUCAUAAGAAGUUCACAGGCCUGUGUGAGGUGGAGAUGUUGCUUGUCCUGGGCACAACUCAGCUCCUGACCCGAAAAUGGUGCCUUGCAGAGAUCGUAACUGCCAGACUCCAUCAGGUCCACACGAUCCUCGUGGCACUUCCCGAUUUCUCGCUGCCCUCCGACCACUUCAUCGAGACCUUCCAGAGCGCCAGCGAGGUCGGCGAGCUUGCAGCCUACGGCUUUGGCUUGUCGGACAUCACCGAUGCCCUGAAUCUUUGCUUGAACGGGGGAGGAUGUUAUCGCUCCAAGGAGGUGGCUACAGGAAGUGAAGACAUUCAGCUGCUUGGAUUCACCGGUCUGCAGAAGCCGCUGACGCUGGCAGCCUUGGAGGAGGUCACCGACCAGGUAGCGGGCGUCAACCGGCCCACGGUCCUACAUCCAAGGGACUCAGACUCUUGGUUAUACUCGUGGGUGAAGUAUUUCUUCUGGGGAAACACCGAUCCCGAUGACGUGGAGGCCCUUGCUACAGCACACACUCUGCGCCACCUGAUGUCUCCACAUUGCCUGCAUUUGUUCGGCGUUCUUCCGGUGGUAUUGACGCAGGUCACCACGCCAAGGGCUUCGGGCCAAUGGCAGCCGAUAAUGCUAGUCAUGGUUUGCACGCAGAACUGCCUGACCUCUCCAGACAUCAUGCGUUGGAUUCUGGAGGAAGACUAUUGUAUGCCGACAUCCUCACGGGCAUUCAACACGCUCGUCGAGGACUUGAGUUGCGAGAAUGCUUCCAAGUAUGUCCUCAAGGCGAUCUUCAUGCAAAUCGCUGUGCACUUCUUGCCCAGGUCCUCUUCAGAAAAGGCCCUUGAGGCAAAUGCCCAGCAAGUGACCAUGCGGCUCCGAGCCGAGCAUGCGGCCUACUUGGGCUCUCUCAUGGACAUGUCGUGGUUUACGUCGCAGCGGUCUCACAGCUUGGCCGAGUUGGUAGAGCAGCAGCAGGACAUCGCGUCCAAGAGCGCCGAGUCACUGGAGUCACUUGAGCCACUGGAAGUCGAGCCUGAGGAAGAGUGCGUCAAGCAAGAAGGCAGCGGCACCGCAGUGCCCGAGUACCUGCUUGAAGCCAUGCAAGAGGAGCUGACGGAAGUCAUCGAUUGUAUGCAAGUGCCUCUUCCCAUACUCGGAGGAGGUGUUAAGAAAGCCAUGCUGCGCAGCCAUGCCAGUGCCCGCACCAGUCUGAAGCAGUGGUGCGCGGCGCUUCUACUUUUUGUUAUUUCUGGUUCCGAGCUCUGCUUACCUGAUGCCAUCCCCGAAGGGGAGCGUCAGAACGUGCUUGAUUCGGUGGGCAGGGAGAUCCCGAUCAAGUUCAUAGUUUUCGACUGGAAUGCAGCAGAGGUCCUUUCCUCCAUCGCCAAAAUCCUGGUGGAGGAGGCGCUUGGAUACCAUGCUGUCUUUGAUGAGCACAGGCCGUUCACUGUCAUGGAAGUCGUAUUGAAAUUGUCCGGAUGCCUGGACAGCACCUGCAACGACAUGCAGAUCAGUGACAGCCACGUGGCUCUUGACUGCUGGCUUGGGUCCGCAGGUACCGACACAGAUACGUUCAUGCAGCAGAAUCCUGGUAAGGCUCCGGAAGAUCUUGGUUCCAUCGGUUACGAAGGGGAGGAAGCGCUGGUCGUUGCAGGGAAGCUCGUUGACGAAGCCUAUGAGCAUUCCGGCUUCGCCUUGGACUUCUACAGGUCCUACAACCAGUCCCACUACAGUGCUAGGAAGCACUUUGACGGGAUAGCAGACCUGCCUCGUGAGGACUUCUUGCGAUGUGACGAUCCAGUCGCCAUCUUUGUCGACACGCCUUACAUGAAUGACUACGCGCGCUGGUCAGGCGAUACGGAUGGGCUGCUGGCGGUGGAAGGUGGCUACCAUGCUUACUGUCCGGACGGUUACUUCUGGAUAGCGCCGGCUUGCCGCCACAACACCUCAGAGUGCAUUCCCAUCGUAGGCGAAAGGUGGGGGUGGAUGGUGGAUGCGUAUAUGGCGUGGUCCACAGCUUACGGGAUUCCGACGGCCAUAGGCCUGACACGCACGACCCCGUUGUGGCCAAAGAACUUUGCCAACUUCCGCGUGCUGGCUUACUGGUAUCGGCCGGACGCAAGCCUCCUGGCCUAUGACCCCCGACCGAUCAACUUCCCGCGGCACUCGCCUAGCGAGUGGGCUCAAGGGAACAAGAGAACAGCCGGCAUCGGGACCUACAUCGGCACGCUUGUAAACCGCCAGUUGUCCACCCAAGCGAAGAAGGUUCACGGCCUGCUGUCGAACCUGAAGCUCGAGCUGGUAGACAUUGAGCGCCUCCUCUUGCAAGCCGACGUGGAUGGACAAAGUUCAUCGCAGGCUCUGAGGAACGUGGCUUGCCAGUGGGUGCUCGCCAACCGCGAGAAGUGGCAGAGCUGGGUGCCGCGAGACACCAGUUGCAUCCCCGGCUUCGGACUCCGAGAUUCAGAGGGUCUUUUCACCUCCUUGCGCGAGAGUGCGGCGCUCUGCGCUGUCUGUCCACCCGGGAUGUUCUCAACUCCACUGCUGGAUGAUCUUGGGCAGACCUACACCUGCCAGCAGUGCGAUGCCGGCACGCACCAGAACCAAGCAGGAGAGACGUUCUGCAUGAACUGCGCAGCAGGCAAGUUUUCAGAGACACCAGGCCGUUCGGAAUGCGAAGGGUGCACGUUUGGAACCUUCUCAAACUCCUCCGGGGCGACGAGCUGCCAGUCUUGUGGAAAUGGAAGCGCCUGGACGACGAGUCGCUACGCGGAAGUCCGCGGCGAAGCAAGGUGGAUCGAAGUCGAUGGCGCUGACAACGAGAGCUUCUGCCACUGCCGGCCGAACUUCUACCUCGACACAAGUGCUGGUCAAUGCAUGGAAUGCACAGAAGGUGCAAACUGUGAAGGGGACAGCCAGCUCCAGCUGCGUCCUGGCUACUUCUCCACGGCCACAUACCCCGGCUCAAUCUUCCGGUGCUACGGCAACCCGGAGCGCUGUCCGGGUGGGCUUCCAGGAACCUGCGCUGCGGGUAGGGACUUGAGCUCAGUGGCCUGCGCGCAAUGUCUGCCUGGUUUGCAUUCCACGGGCUCGGAGUGCGUGCCCUGCAGCGAGGGGGACUACAUGCUCAUCUUCCUUCUGGCUGUGAUGACCCUCACGAUUUCGGGACUCCUCCAUCUCUUCUUGGUACGCUUGGACUCGGACCACCGCGGCCAGCAUGGCGACCUGCUCGUGGCAGGCCUGUAUGCUACACAGCUCAUCAACAGCUUACAGCUGCUGGUCGUUUUGAGGAAGGUCGACAUCGUCUGGGGAUAUCCUUUUGACAUGGUCCUCGAAGCGUUUAGCUUCCUUUCCUUGGAGCACAUUCUCUUCUCGUUGAAUGCAGUGACCUGUGUGACACCCCCAACUCCAGCCCUGCAGUUCUUGCUUCAGACAAUUGGCCUUCCGGGCUACGUGAUGAUGGGCCCCGUUCUGGUUCACUUGACCCUGGUGCUACUGCACACUCGGUCGAAGCGUCCGCACUUCAACGUUCUCGCUCAGACGCUUGGAUCUCUGAGCGUGCUCUUCUUCAUCGUGCUCUGUACGUCUGUGGUGACACCCUUCGAGUGCCAGUCUCACCCCAAUGGACUCUUUACGAUGCAGUCGCGCAUCGGUGCGCUCUGCUACACUAAUUCGCACUUCCAACUUUGUGCCCUGGGUGCUUCCUUGGCCCUGCUUCCCGCGGGCUUCCUGGCACUGUGUGCUUGGCUGAUUUUGGUGGAGUACCCAAAGCGUUUGCAGCGCACGGACGUGCGCUUUGUCCGGAUGUGCUCCUUCCUUGCAAGGCGUUUUCGGCCCGGGGCCGAAGCCUUUGCCGUCUUUGUGCUUUGCCGGAAUGCGCUCUUUGCUCUCGCACCUGUGCUCCCCUCCGUGAACGCCGGUUUGCUGCUCAUCCUCGUCCUCUUGGGUUGCAGCAUCUUGGCACUCGCGUUCUUCAAACCAUGGCGCUCCCGACUUGCGUCCUACACUGACAUCUUGGUCUCCUGUGUGUUUGUCGCCAUCCUCUUCCAGGGCAGCUUCUUCGUGAAAGCCGUGGACGGCGCGGCGGCCAUGAUCUUGUGCUGCUUGAUGCUGGUCCUCGUCAUUGUCUGCCUGGCUGGCAUUGGGGCACUGUCCCUGCUGCAAUAUUUUUGCGGGAGAGGGACCAACUAUGGGUUCUUCAUCUGCCACCAGAAGAAGUUCACAGGCAGCCUCGCGCGCUUGCUCAAGAUUGAGCUCCAAGUUCGUGGUUUCCGGGUUUUCCUGGAUGCCGACGACCUCACAGACCUGACGCAGCUCCUGCCAAUCGUCGCAGAGAAGGUGGAGAUGUUGCUUGUCCUGGGUACACCUCAGCUCCUGACCCGAAAAUGGUGCCUUGCGGAGAUCGUAACUGCCAGACUCUGGGAUGAGGUGGCUACAGGAAGUGAAGACAUUCAGCUGCUUGGAUUCACCGGUCUGCAGAAGCCGCUGACGUUCGCAGCCUUGGAGGAGGAUGACGUGGAGGCCCUUGCUACAGCACACACUCUGCGCCACCUGAUGUCUCCACAUUGCCUGCAUUUGUUCGGCGUUCUUCCGGUGGUAUUGAACUGCCUGACCUCUCCGGACAUCAUGCGUUGGAUUCUGGAGGCAGACAUUCUCGACCAAGAAGACUAUUGUAUGCCGACAUCCUCACGGGCAUUCAACACGCUCGUCGAGGACUUGAGGUGCGAGAAUGCUUCCAAGUAUGUCCUCAGGGCGAUCUUCAUGCAAAUCGCUGUGCACUUCUUGCCCAGGAGCUCUCUCAUGGACAUGUCGUGGUUCACGUCGCAGCGGUCUCAAAGCUUGGCUGAGUUGGUCGAGCAGCAGCAGAACAUCGCGUCCAAGAGCGCCGAGUCACUAGAGUCACUUGAGCCACUUGAAGUUGAGCGUGCGCAAGAGUGCGUCAAGCAAGAUGGCAGGGGCACCGCAGUGCCUGAGUACCUGCUUGAAGCCAUGCAAGAGGAGCUGACGGAAGUGGCGAUUUCCUAA